ACCGAUAUUAACCAAUAUUAAUAACUUGAUUGAGAAAACUGUGUCUACAGGUAUCUGUUUCAAAAACAGUACUACCUGAUUUUUACCAGUUUACUGAAUGGUUGUGCCUCACCUGUACUGUUCAAAAUUUAAAGUUAAAUGUGUGGGAUGUGUAAUUAUAGUGGAGGAGAAUUUGUCAUUUUAUUUGACCUGAUUUUAAUUUUACCUAAUCUUUUUUUUUUUUUUUUGACAGUCACACAUUUCUCUGUCCCCCCCCCACUGAAAGGGCAAAACCCUGCAACAGUAUUAAACUGAAAAGAACUUAUAAAUUUUUUAUGACAUCAGCUUACAUGAGUUCACAAUACCUUCUGGUUACAUAAACAAAUAGUCAAGGUCCAAAGAUUGUGCAGGUCCUUGCCCUACACAAGCUCUGUAGGGGUUUGUAUUGGUCACGUCUUUUAGCUCUGUAAUGAGAACGAACAAAAGGAUCAAAUUCAUUCAAGUAAUCAAGACAUGUUUCAUCUGAUUUCCACUUAGCUUCAUUUCCUUCAGGUACAAGUAUCCUAUUUGUUCAAUGAACAGGGAGGAGGCAGAUUUGUUUUGAACAGCUGAUCUUUGUGAGCAUGUAGUUUCAACACCUUCCCACAAACGGCUCUUCUGUCUGCAUGGACCUGAACAGGAUAAAACGGUGCUUAUUUUCUACUGCUAGUUUCCAGGGCUGAAGCUUUUGAAAGAAGUCAGUCAUGUGGGAAUUCUUCUUCUGCCUGAUGCCUUCCAUGUUCCUGUUCACGAUUGCGAGGCUUUUUCAAUCAAAGUGGAUUUACCAUCUUGUAGAGGAAGGAACAAGGCAGCUAACUCUGCAUAUAUGGAUCAUAAUCUGCUCGAUAUUGAAGCUUCCACACCCCAGUGUUUUGUAUGGCACUGGGGACAAGGAGUCAAAAAUCAAGCUGAUCUACAAAUCGAUAGCUCUGGCAAACAACAUCAUACAGAACUGUAAAGCUUUAGCAUGUGCUCCACCGGCUAGGUGGCCAAAAGCAGACCCUCAUUUACAAAUGUUCUUCAAUUUCAUAUGGCCCAUUGAGGAUGAUGCACAAGAACACUGUGGAAUAACCUUUACCAGGGAUCAUUUACUAAUACAAGAUGGUGGUAUCGUAGCACUAGAUUGGGCUGUCAGGCUUAAAGACCUGAAUGCUCAGGCUAAGAGGGAACAUUAUCUAGGAGAAAGAGCUCCAGGCUACCAUACCUGCACUCCAUCCAUUAUCAUUCUGAUUCCUAAUGCUUUGGGGAAGAUCACGCAAAAUUUGCUGAGUUUGUGUCGCUUGGCUCUGCAGCAAGGUUUCUACACUGUGGUCUUCCAUCGUCGUGGUCAUGGGAGAUGUCUGCUUACUACUCCACGCUACCAGGAAUUUGGGGAUCCCUCUGAUCUGGUGCAGGCAGUACUAUACAUUAAGAGCCGCCAUCCAUCUUCAGAUCUGUUUGCCAUCAAUGAAGGUUCUGGGUCUGGUCUGAUGCUGUCUUACCUUGGGGAGCGGGGCUCAUCCUCCCACCUGGUAGCAGCUGCUUGUAUAUCACCUGUGUUCUACAGACAACUGUUCUUUGAGACACCAUGCCCAAAAUUAUAUAAUGAGGCAUCAUUGUUUUACCGCAAGCUGCAAAUGAGCAGGUAUGCAACUGCUCUAAGUUCAGUUAUGGAUACUGAGAAAAUAUUCAGCUGUCGUUCUCUUCAAGACAUGGAGAAGCUGAUGUUCUGUUCAGUCAGAUUGCUAGACACCAGUUAGAAGAACACACUGGAGCAGGCUGUGGAGCUUAGAUCUGUACAGACUAACUGGGCCGGUUAUUGGGAACAUAACGAACCCUUGCGAGAUGCUGAUGAAGUCCCUGUUCCUGUGCUUUGCUUGUGUAGCACUGAUGACCCGAUAAUGCCUCCA